AUGGGACCCUCCGAGUCCGACAGGUUCGGUCUCAAUCCGAAUGCCAACGCAUCCUCCAACGACGAAUCUACGCCGUCCCGAAGCUCCGUCGAGGACCUGCCCAGCUUCCCUCAUGAAACCCUCCGGGCUGAAGACACGCCUCCCGAUAUUCUCCCGCGCGAUCAACAACAGAAGACGGCCACUUACGACUAUGCGUACGAGAAGUCCAUGAGUCACGCCGAGGCGAAGCUUUUCUACCAGCAUCACCAGCUUGCGUCGAAAGGUGGUGAUCACACAGCGCCCGCCAGCCCGGUGCCUGCGGCUCGCCCCGCGGCCGAAGCGUAUGAAAUAAGGAUGAACGCGACGGGGCCAACCUCUCCGCGACACCCACAUAGCCAGACGACCCCGGAAGGGUCGAUGCUGCUGGAGCCGGAAGGCCAACUGGAACCCCUCUAUCAGGUUGCGCCAGGGGAGACUUUCCAGGGUCCGGGAAGCCCGUGGACGGCGCACCCGCCAACAGUGCCCCUGGGCUUGUCUCAUCCCGGGGGUCCAUCUGGAUCUGAAAACCUGCUCGGGACCGGGGCCGGUGUCGGUCUGGGGCUGUUGUCGGGGGCGAGUGGAUUCACUCCCGGUGGGGACACCGUGACAUCUGAAUUGAAUGCGAUUUAUCGAAAAAUAAAGAACCUGCUGGAGCGACGGUCUAGAUAUAUGGAACUGUCUCUGCAGCGGCCGGCAGAUGACCCCCGCGAUCGACCUGAAUGGGAGAUCUACCCCCACCCCCCGAACCUGCAUGGGACGAGGGGAAGGAAUACCAACCAGGAAAUGUGGGUGGCGCAUCCGACCUGGUGGGUGUACGAAUCGGAAAGUGCAGCAGAUCAACAGAAGCCAGUGGUCCAGAUUCCAUCCCUGCGUGACUUUUACAUGGACUUGGAUGCCGUGGUCGACGUGUCGACGGACGGGCCCACUAAGAGCUUUGCCUUCAAGCGCCUCUCCUAUCUGGAGGGCAAGUUCCAGCUGUAUGCAUUGUUGAAUGAGUACCAGGAGAUCGCCGAUAGCAAGAAGGUACCGCAUCGAGAUUUCUAUAAUGUGCGUAAGGUGGACACUCACGUCCAUCAUUCCGCCUGCAUGAACCAGAAACAUUUACUUCGCUUUAUCAAAAGCAAGAUGCGAAAGUCCCCCGAUGAAGUUGUCCUCUUUCGAGACGGAAAGCAUCUGACUCUACGGGAGGUUUUUGAGAGUAUCAAUCUAACUGCCUAUGAUCUCAGCAUCGAUACACUCGAUAUGCAUGCCCACACGGAUUCUUUCCAUCGUUUCGAUAAAUUCAAUCUCAAAUAUAACCCUGUAGGCGAAUCCCGACUUCGCGAGAUCUUUUUGAAGACAGACAACUAUAUCAAAGGUCGAUAUCUAGCAGAAAUCACAAAGGAGGUGAUUUCCGACUUGGAAUCCAGCAAAUAUCAAAUGGUUGAGUGGCGGAUCUCCAUUUAUGGACGAUCUAUUCAAGAGUGGGACAAGCUUGCCGCUUGGGUUGUGGACAAUAAGCUAUUCUCACCGAAUGUUCGCUGGCUCAUUCAGGUGCCUCGUUUGUACGAUGUGUACAAAUCCAGUGGCAUGAUGGAGAAUUUUGAACAGGUCAUAAGUAAUGUUUUUCAGCCCUUGUUUGAAGUAACAAAGGACCCUUCAAGCCAUCCUAAGCUUCAUAUCUUCCUGCAACGUGUGGUAGGAUUCGACAGUGUCGAUGAUGAGAGCAAGGCCGAGCGCAGGCUUUAUCGAAAGUACCCGAUCCCACGGGAGUGGGAUACUAAACAAAAUCCACCCUACAGCUAUUGGAUUUACUUCAUGUUUGCCAAUAUUGCAUCCCUCAAUAACUGGCGACAGCAUAGGGGGUUUAACACAUUCGUCCUUCGGCCUCACUGCGGUGAGGCAGGAGAUCCUGAUCACCUGGCCGUGGGAUUUCUCUGCUGUCAUAGCAUCAGUCAUGGGAUUCUACUCCGGAAAGUGCCCUUGCUACAAUAUCUCUACUACCUUGACCAGAUCGGCAUUGCCAUGUCACCGCUCAGCAAUAACGCGUUGUUCCUCACCUAUGACAAGAACCCAUGUGCCAGCUUUUUCAAGCGUGGGCUUAAUGUUUCCCUUUCUACUGAUGAUCCACUUCAAUUUGCCUUCACUAAGGAGCCGUUGAUUGAAGAAUAUUCAGUAGCGGCGCAGAUUUACAAGUUCAGCGCGGUCGAUAUGUGUGAACUUGCUAAGCACUCUGUCGAUCAGAGCGGAUUUGAGCUUUCCUUAAAGCGGAGAUGGUUGGGCCCCGGCUGUAAUCUCCCCGGAGUUGCUGGCAACAAUGUUGCCAAGAGCAAUGUCCCGGACAUUCGCGAAGCGUUCCGACAAGAAACCUUGAUGGGGGAAUUGGCUCUGUAUGCUCAAUAA